GCUCUAUCCAGUCAUGUCUCCUCCCCACGGAGAUGGUGCCAAGACCCUGUUCCUCUUUUGGCAUCACCUGCACUCAGGUGUCUGAAUACUGGCAAUAAUCCCUUCUCCCACACUGGAAAAGAACCUGAGAGAGAAGCAACAUCCAGCCCAGGUUGGGACUCUCCUUCCCAAAGGGGUGUGUUUUAUAGCACUCCAGUCAGCGGAGGACUUGCUCUGUGACUACAGAAGAAAGGAGGCAACUGAAGACAUCUGCAGUGGCCCAUGCAGAGCCAUGGUGAGGACUGCGAUGUGUGUGUACCACUUGAUUCUUCUGAACUGGUAUAUCUUCCUCAAUUAUUACAUCCCACAGCAAGGAACCAUCUUUCGAGACGGUGCACAGUCAAAGUACUUGACCCUCCUCAACCUGCUCUUGCAGGCUGUUUUCUUCGGGGUCGCCUCCCUGGAUGAUGUGCUGAAGAAAGUCAAAAGGAAGAAAGACAUUAAGUUCGUCACUGCCUUCAGAGACCUGCUUUUUGCCACCCUGGCUUUUCCUAUCUGUGCAUUUGUGUUUCUGGUGUUCUGGACCAUAUUUCUCUACAAUCGAGAGCUUAUUUACCCCAAGGCUCUAGAUGGCGUUUUUCCAGCGUGGAUGAAUCACGCAGUGCAUUCCUUCAUCUUCUUAUUCUCGCUGAUUGAAAUCUUCCUCAGACCUCAUCGUUAUCCAUCGAAGAAGACAGGAUUUGCCCUGUUGGCUGUAGGUAGCCUCGGUUAUAUCAGCAGGAUCCUGUGGCUGCACUCUGUGACAGGUCACUGGGUGUAUCCUGUGUUGGCAAAGCUCAGCUCCGUGGGGCUUGCAGCCUUCUUCUUUCUUGGCUAUGUCUUGACUGCCAGCCUCUUCGUACUUGGAGAGAGACUCAACCACUUGAAGUGGGGUGACAGGGUGCAACAGAGGAUGAAAAUGGAGUGAUGGUGUGCUAUUUUUCAAACACUGGGAAGGAAGAAAACAUGAGACUUCUUUAUUUGCAUCUUUUGUUAGUAUUUCCUUUGGGAGGAGGUGGAAGAAUGACAAAAGAAAGUAGAAAGGACAGAGGGUGACAUUUAAGUUUGAUUAUAGGGUUAUAAGCUAACUUUAUUUGAAGAUUUUUGUUCGUCAAUUAUGAAUGGUACAUGCCAAAAACAAUUCCUGCCCUCUCGGAACUUGUUACCUACAUCUGACUUCCCUGGGGGGCAUGGUUGCUGGUCAAAUUCUAGCCAAAGGCCAAGGGAGCUCACAUAAACUUGGUGUUAGAGAGAGUAUUUAUGGAGGAGAGAGAAAAUCUUAAGAGGCUUCAGAGGAGGUGAAGACCCAAAGGAGAAGUUAAUUGCAGCAAAGUUGUGUUGAAGGGAAGAAGAUAAUGUUGAUCUCUCAGAUCUCCUGACUCUAGUUCUGGGUCAUUUUAUAAAAUAUUUCUAAUUUCCUAAAAAAUUAAGUAUUUGAUAAGACAGUUAUUUGCAUGUGUUUCUGAUCCAUUUCUUUUCUUGAUUUAGAAAUGUAAGGAGAUAGACACUCCUGAAGUUUUCUGUCUACCUGAUACAACAGCAAGUUAAUUGGGGACAGUGAGAGAAUAUGCUAUAAACAUACUGGGAAGGGCCAGGAGAUAGCGCAGCAGCAUAAGUGCCUGCCUGGCAAGUGCAGUGUCUGGAGUUUGAUGCCUCGUGCAAUCAAUCAAUCAAUCUGUCCUUUGGGGGAUGGGCAUUUGGAUCAAAUAUGAACAGUGAGCACAAUGACAUUGUUAAAAUCUCUUCCAUUCAAAUACUGGUUAAUUCCUCAAAUAAAAGUUGUAUUUUAUACGUAAG